UUUUUCAGGAACCACUGAUUCUGAAGACUGCCUGGUCAUCAUGGCUAAUGCUUCCAUUUAUGUGGGUUGCACUGUUCCUCAGUUACUGAGAGGUGCUCAGAGCAGAAUUUUUCCCUCUUGUUCUGCAUUGAGGAUGUUGAGACACUCUGCUUUUUGUUACUGCACAGGGAACGGCACAAUAAAAUCAAAAAGGAAAAUGGAUCAUCUAGAGAGGACAGCAAAUAAUUUUCGACAGGAGGUAAUUACACAAGCAAAAGUGUGUGGAAUCACCAAUGAAUCAGAGACAGUCAAAAGGCUUUGUUUGGCAAUUGCAAAUAAGGAUUUUACUUUCAAAGCAGGACAAUGGGUUGAUUUCUUUAUUCCUGGAGUAUCUGUAGUUGGGGGAUUCUCAAUAUGUUCAAGCCCUGGCCUGUUAGAACGAGAAGGAAUACUAGAGCUGGCAGUAAAGCACACUGUUCAUCCUCCUGCUCACUGGAUUCACACUGAGUGUACUCUUGACUCAGAAGUGGCUCUGCGAGUGGGAGGUGAUUUCUUCUUUGAUCCUCAGCCUGGUGACUCCCCAGUAAACCUAGUGCUGAUAGCAGGGGGUGUUGGAAUUAACCCAUUGUUUUCUAUACUGCUGCAUAUAGCAGAUCUUCAUGGAUACCAAGAGGGUAAAGGAAAUAGACACAAAUUGGGAACAGCGAAGCUGUACUACAGUGCAAAAAAUACGAGCGAACUCUUAUUUAAGAAAAAUAUUCUUGGUUUGAUGAAGGCGUUUCCUGGAAAGAUCACAUGUUGUUUCCACGUCACCCAGCAGCGCUCGCAGAUCUGUCAAGAACUGCAGCCACACAUUACAGAGGGAAGAAUAUCUGAAAAGGAUCUAGAGAAACACGUAUCUAAUGAUACUUCAUGGUACAUCUGUGGUCCCCCUCCAAUGAUAGAAUCUAUGUCCAAGCUGCUCACUAACAUUGGUGUUCCUAGAAACUGUGUUUUCUUUGAGAAAUGGUGGUAGUGACACCUGCUGAAGAGAAAAAAUAUUAUUUUUUCCAGUGCAUUUUGAUAAGCUGAAAUGUACAGAAAUGGACUAUGAAUUAUUUCGAAGAUUUUAAUGAAGAUGUCCUCAGUACAGAAGGAAAGUGGUCCUAUAAUUUAUCUGUAAUACACCUACAAUACAGUGCUGCUGCUUUGGGGGAAAGAAAAGUGAUUUUAUAUUAAAGACAUUAACUCUUCUGGUUUUUUGGUGGUUUAUCUUUUCUUACGGGUAGCAGCAUAUUUUCACAUUCUGAACUUGCUUUGUUAAGUCAGCUUUUAAAAAACCUUCAGUGUCAGAUUCAGCACUUUUAAAGAAUUAGUUGUGCAGCAAUGCCAGGUCUGUUUAUAAGGAUAAUUCAGGCCCAACCUCUCAAUCGGCUCCAAAUGAGUACACACUUCCCUCCCCAGUUCUAUAUAAUACAUUUACUAUUUUUAUAGAAGAGGAGCUGCUGUGUUGUGACUUCCUUCUCUUGCCAUUUCCUCUCAGAAAAGAAAAAAACCCUCACCUUUUAUGUGGUUUAUAUAAGUAAGUCAUUUGUGUUGACGAAGAUAUUUUCUCAUAAUCCUGUUUAGCCCUGAGUUGAAAGUGUUGAGUGCAGCAGUCUUAGGAAUUCCUACUCUGAAUAUGUGCUGGUGCUGAGGUUGUUCGCCAAGAUUGUGCUUGCAUGGGCUGUGUCCUCAAAAGCAGCACUGGCCAGGAACAGCCAAGAUGGGGAAUCUCCCCAGUCCUGCUUCAUAAAGUACAGAGCUUUAGGGGAUUCCAGGAUGCUUGGAGAAAAGUCUUGGUAAGGUUGGUUUUGCAAGGCGGGAGUGUACCUCUGGGUGUAAUGGCCAACACCUGAGUCCUUCCUGAAUGAACCUUUUUUGUCCAACUUUUAGAAAAACUCAUCAUAGACAUUUGGAGACCAACAAAAUCUAUAAUGAGUUUGUUCAUUAUCUGCAUAGACAGUUCAAGUCCUUAAGUGGCAGAGAUUUCUGUUGUACAUUUGAAGACCUCAAUCAGAAACAAUUAUCAAAAAUACUGAUUAAUAUUGAAUUAGUAAAAAUUAUAAAUAAGGCCUUCCCUUUGUUAGUGGCUCCUUCCCUCGAGUUACAUGUUUCAAACAUAGUUAACUAGGUAAUGCAGCAAGUUCCUUGCCAUCAGUGUCUCCCUGCUCUGCCUUAACUAGGGGUUGCAGAGACACUGAACCCAUCAGCCAAUUCCCAGCCUGCUGCAAUCACAUUGGUGUGAAGCACUUUGUUUUUCAAGCAUAACAGCCCUGUGGUUGGCUAAGAAGGCCUCCAGCCCAGCUGUAGCUCUGUCCCAAGAAACCAUUUCAACUCCAGAAUGCUUCAGUUGUACCCUCUUUAUAUCAGUCUGGUAUGUUGUACAGCUUGGGGGCUACUUACUGCCACAUCUAUGUGCACCUCAUCCUCAAACUGCAGAGGCAGCCCUGCUGGGAAAGGCCAGGCCCUUGCUUUGAGUGAAGCACAAAGCUACUCCUGGGACUGUGUCAGAAACUGAUAAAUGAAAUAAUGCCAGCACUUCCUGGGCAUCAAAGAGAACAUGCUGUACCUGCUGCCAUAUGAAGCACAAGCAACUGAAGGACAGGCUGUAUUUUCCAGCAGGAGGGAUGACUCUCAUUGACGGACCUUUAAGAGUUGCCUCUUGGGGACAGUACUGAUAUACUGAUGAGGCUUUGCCCCUAAAUUUGUACCUUCUGCUGCCUGCAGCCUCAUGCACUUAGGUCUGUUCCAUGUGUGUGUAGGUCUGUUCUGUGCUUCUGUUCCAUGCAGUGCCACUGCCAGCUGCCAUGGCUGGCACCCUGUGCAGCCACUGCAGGCCCAGAGGGGAUGUCUCAUCCAAUCCCUCCUCCUCAAAUGAGAGGAAGAUUCCUUCUGAGUACCCCUAUUUCAAUGAAUGCUUCCUUGUUAGUUCACUCUAGAAUGUAAAUAGGACAGCGUGCUUGUCACAAAAAAUAACACCAAGGGGGUUUUGUGUUUAUAGAGAUCGCAGCUGACAUGUCAGAGCUUGAUGCUCGAAAGAACCAGGGUUUUCCUAGGAAUGUGCAAUACACUGCUAUCAGGAAGUACUGGUGCCCUAAAAUAGCCACACACUAGGCUCAUCUGUAUUUUAAGUGUCAUGAUAAAAAGAUUCUAAAAAUCCUUUAAAUGUUGUUUUUCUUACAACUUCUAAAUAAUUUCAUGAAUUAUAAACCGGUACACCCUUUUCUUCCCUUAAUGCAGAGGGCUUUCUGCAGCCCAAAUUACAUGUCUUUCACAAACACUCCUCAGACCUGUACCAAAAUGUCCAUUUAACAAAAGGCAUUUUGAAACCUUUGCUUCUGUUAUCAUCCUCUUUUCCCUCUAACCUCCUUCUGUCAUCCCCUGUUACACUCAACCUGAGUGCUGUGGGGCAAGGACACAUCUCUCUAAUUGUGUGGGCUCACCCGCUUGAAGAGCAGGACGAAACACAUGUACACUGCCCUGACACAUGGACAAGAAUAAUUAUUUCAUGUCCUCCGCCCCCCAAACAGUGGUAACCUCUGGUACUGUGAGCAAGAAGUCCUUUCUUACCUGGUAAUAAAUGCCAUUUCUUAGCCAAGAAAUCCAUAAAGCUGUUGACAUACCCUUCCUCCACAGCCUCUUCCUGUUGACACUUAAGAAUCUUUUGGAAGUCUCUUUCUAAAGAGUUUUGCGGUCUUUUAGUGAGAUGUCAGUUCACCUUAAAGUCAGCUAUUGGAUCUGACUCUGCCAUAAUUGAAGAUAAAAAUAACAUCCCAGAAACAUUAACCCAUAUAAACACAUGGUCUACAAAUAAUUCAAUAAACAUGAUAUUGGCCUGCUCUGGCAGGAACAGAGAGCAGCCCCUGCUGUUCAGCUGCUAUUGAGUUGGAGAAAUAUUCUCAUCACUUUGGUGCAACUUGUCAUCUUAGAAAAUGUUUAUUCUUCUUACACUUGUGCCAUCAGCUAAGGAGCUACUGAAGGAGAAAAAGUAGACUGAUGCUUUUUUUUUUUUUUUUUUAAUAAAGGAUGAGGAGUGCAAGAUGUGUCCAUCUAUACAUUUGCAUUUAAACUUAAGGAGGUGGUUUAUGAGUUACCUGGUGUUGCAGCCUUAUUAAACUUUCUCCCUGUGACACAUAUUAUACCAGCUUGCAGUGUGCUCAUCUGGUACAAUAAGUAUCAAAUAUUCCUAUAGUAUUUGCAUCAAUUUGCUGGAAAAAGAGUGGCUGUUCAGUUACCAUUACAUCAUUUUAUUUAGUAGGGUGCUUUUGUAAGUGUGUAACAGAAAGCACUUAAAACUGAAAAGCCUUUUUUCCCCUUUCAAUGUAUAGGCAAGGUACUGAUUAGAGCCAGCUGCCACAUCCAGCACCACAGGCACCUUCCUGAGGAUGGAGGCUUUGGCAAGGAUCACUUUUUAAAGCCAAAAGCACAUCUCCACUAACAGCCUCAGAGACAUAUGAACUGUGUCUACAACUACAAUUCAUAGGUGUGUUCUUUGCUGGCAUUCCUCAUACUUAGAGAAACAUACUUGAGAAAUAUUUAUCAGCAAGAAAUUAGUAUCUGCUUUUCUUAUACUCUUCAGUUCUGGGAAGAUGAAAUUCCUGCAUGAAAGGCUGAUCAUGCUUCAUUUCUGCCCUAUAAUUGGCUCCCUGAGGCAAAUGUAGAGUCACAGCAACUACAAAGAAAAAGCAGGAUAUCCAAAUGCAGAGCUCUUCCUCUGCUCACCUCAGAAAUCAAGGCUGACAGAAGAGCCAAAUUAAGGAGAAAUGGGUAUAUUGUUUUGUACUUAGCCUCAUUUCCAUACAUAUAUUAAAGCUACUUUGGGCUAUUUCAUUUAUACUGUUUUCAAGUGCACAGAUCCAAUAAUCAAAGACAUAAUGCAAACUGAAGGACCAGUCCCAUCAUUUGUGCACUUAACCCCUCUUAACAUAGUUAUUUUCAUUAUGAUGCUUCAAAAAUUUGGACACGGUACCCAUCAUAGUUGUAUCCCUCUGCCCCUGCUCCCCACUGUUUGUUAAAAUUUAAAAAACCCUUUUCCAUCUUUCAUUUAAUUCAGCCACUACUCUUUGACAUUCCUCAUUUGCUUCACCCAGUCUUUUCUUAAACACCUCCAGGGACAGUGACUCCACCUCCACCAUUUGCCUCACCACCACCACCCUGGGCAGCCCAUUCCAACGCCUCAGCUGGAUUUUCUCCUUUGAACUUCUCCUGUGUAAACAGCUGGUGGCUUGUUCAGAUGACCACUUGCUGACUGCUGUCUUUCACUUCCCUGGCCACUCUGGUGGUCCUGCUUUUUCAGGCCCAAAAUGGCAAAAGCAUCCGAGAUAAAAGCCAGGUAAUAACUGUGGAGCCUUGCUGGUGCACCACAGACCUGCCUUCCCCAGCCCUGAUCGCAUCUGGAUCAUCUGUCUGGGCGAUGAUUUAGGCUCUCUGACUCUCCUUGGGACAGGGCACAGCACAAGCACGCACACAACUUCAGAUAGCUGAACCAGCUCAGAGUAAUUCAACAUCACAAGUUGGAACUGAUUAUGAGAUUAUAAACCCCAAACCAGCUGCCCUUUUGAAACUGAAAAAAACAUUCAAGUUCUCUUCUACUAUUCCCAACUGUAACCCAGCUUUUACAGGAACAAAGUUUUAAAUCAAGCCUUCAUUUACACAAGUGUAACUUCCCCACAGGCCCUUCCAUGCCCUGCUGGGAAAGGAAAACCAAGUAGCCAGUUCUGUAGCAGCAGUAGCUACCGCUAAUUCAGUAGUAAGGAGCUUCCCCUCAUCACCACUUAAGAGAACCGAGUUCCUCCUUUUGGGGAUGAAUAACUGGCAUUUGUGCACACACCACAAAUAAGGAAUCUCCUCAUGACCUUUAUUUCUCUUUAGUUUUGUAAGCAGUUGGGAUUCAGUUAAACAAGGUCAAAUUGCAAUCCAAUAAACGUUUUCUAUUAAAAAGUAUUUGGAGAUGUCUUACUGCUGCAGCACUUUCUACUAGCAAAACGUUCAUUAAAUAUAGUGAAUUUUUAAACAAGAUUAAUACAAAGCUGGUCCUUGAGAAAGAAACCAUCAGUAAAAGGAUCUUAUGCUAAUAAAAUCUGUGAACAGGAACUUAAAAUUGUACAAAGGAGAGACCUUGUAUUUAAGCAGAACAACUGCAGCAAUGUAUUUCUGAGGCUAUUGGAACCCCAGUGUAAUCUCAAAAUACCAAAUAAACAGUUGAAAAAUAGCAUCAGAAACUGAAGUUACUUACAGUCCUGUGGUUAAAGCACUGAAUUCAAAAUAAACCACUCUUUAAUCAAUGACAAAACUACCA